CAGAAAGCAGCAGCUUAUUUCCUCUGAAGACACGAAGACUCUUCAGUUCAACCUGCAGCUGAGUUCAGACAGAGCAUCAGACAGAUCUACAUCAGCAGUUGAUUCAUUUCAGCAGAAAUCUGACAAUGAAGCUGGUUUCAGUCUUCCUCCUCCUGCUGGCUCCUCUGUUGGCCAGCUGCCAGAAGCUUCUACAACCGGUAGACUGCAGUGCCAUCUAUCAGCAAGACAAAAGCAAACCCAGUGGAGUGUACACCAUCUAUCCCGCCGGAGAGAGGUCUGCUGUCGAGGUGUACUGUGACAUGACUUCAGAAGGAGGACGGUGGACGGUGUUCCAGAGGAGGAUGGAUGGCACAGUGAACUUCUACAGGGGCUGGGAUCAAUACAAGAUCGGCUUUGGUAAUGCUGCUGGAGAGUACUGGCUCGGUCUUGACAACAUCCACUAUCUGACAAAUAACAAGAAGAGUGAGCUGCUGGUCGACAUGGAGGACUUUGAGGGGAAAAAAGUGUUCGCUCGGUACUCUUCGUUCUCCGUCGGUGCAGAAUGUGACGGAUUCGUGCUGAAUGUGUCUGGAUUCAUUAAUGGAGGGGCAGGAGACUCCCUGAGUUAUCACAACAGAAUGAAGUUCUCCACCUUUGACAAAGACCAGGACAACUCUGGAGGGAACUGUGCCACUUCACAACUGGGGGCGUUCUGGUACAACACCUGUCACCAUUCAAAUCCAAACGGUGUUUAUCGGUGGGGGGUUGACAAAACUCUCUAUGCUGUUGGUGUGGAGUGGGCACAUUGGAAAGGUUAUAACUACUCCCUGAAGACCAUCAGCAUGAAGAUCCGUCCUGUGCUGUAGUUCUCCAGGACCAACGUCCAGCAGAAUAUCAGCUCAUCUCUUGUGAUUUAUUUCUCUUUCUCUCAUUAAGCAUUUCAUCUUACAACAGGUCUUAUUUUCCUGAAACUGGGCACCAGCACAAGAAAAACAACUGAUGUUUUUAAUUCUUGUUACUGUCUGUGGUGAUUUAAAGUAGAGCUGCACAAAAUGAGAAAAAUAUGCGAUAAGUUGUUGAAUAUGGCGAUAACAAUAUCCCUUGCGAUAAAUAAACAGAUAUUCAAGUGUUCUCAGUUCUACUGCUUUCAGUACUCUACUAAAAUACAACAAACAAUAAUUUCCAACAUUCUUUUAUUGAACAAGUUGAACAUUGAAAUUAAUAUAAACGGCAGCAAAAUAAUGAAAGUUAUAUUUUACUUUCGUAACAUGAUGCAGCCUUUAGCAACGUGUUUAUUGCGCAAGCGAUAGCGAUUUAAAAAAUAUAUAUAUAUUGUGCAGCCCUAGUUUAAGGCUGUCGCAGCUCGCUGCAACGUGGAAGAAAAGUCAGAUGUGUCUCCAGUUGGGCGGCUGCAGCAGGAAAGUAGGGCCCAUAAUCUUUAAAUGGAAACACAUAUAUAGUCUGAUCAGGUGUUAAUCACUGCAUGAACGGCUAACACAAGUCUAAAAGAGGAAAAAGGUUAUAAAAUGAAACCAUCUUUGUAGUUCAGGACAGCCAGUUGAUGUUUGGUGGAGGUUUGAAACUCUAUUGUGAAUCUUUAUCUGCUGUAUGGUGACAAUAAAUAAGAAGCUGAGCAUUAAGAUGAUCUGAUGUCUUCA